AUGUCGGCCUUUACAGCUUUGAAUUCAUCUCCUCAUGAUGCUCUUCUCGAAGCAGAAGAGCAUUCGCGAGAGCUGCAGGUAGAAGAGAGUUUUCGGGUCUUCCAAAGUGCGUUAUUUCACCUAAAGGCAAAAAGAUUUAGAGAUGCUGAAGUAAAGUUUGAACAGUUGUUUAAUAUAGAUGUACUAAAGCCAAACCAGUGGGGAUCUUACAAGCAUUCUUCUCCAACAUUAGAUUCUCUUAGAUAUUUAGCUUAUAGAAACCGUGGUGUAUUCUAUUAUCAAUAUGUGAAGGAGAACUCAGAAAAUAUGGACAAAGAUGAUAUCGUUGAUUAUAUUUUGAAAGUUGUGGAGAAUUUAGUACAAUCUUUGCAACAUGUUGAUGGAGAUUCAGCUGUCACAGAACUACUUCUUCAAGUUUUUAAAAGCUUCAAAACAAAGCGUCUUCAGAGGUGGAUUUUAGAAUACGAGUUGACAAAACAACCAGAUAACACGCUUCUUUUAGGUCGUGGGAAGGCUCUAUUGCCUGAUACUAAACGGUUUCUGAAGGAAUAUAAAGAAUUGUUAGGCAAUUUAAGGGAGAGAAAACAAACGGCAACUGUGUCCCAUUUUCUAAGUCUAAUUGAGGAUUGUAAAAUAGAUGUCUCACCACUUCCACAGGUUCUGGAUAAAAUUGAAACAAUGAAAGAGGAGGAUGAUGCAAUGAUGAAAGAAAUAGACGAUUAUGAGGUCAACUUAGAAGAGAUAAGCUGGGAAUGCAUUGCAGAAUCUUUUCGAAACCUCGUUCCAAAAUUCAAAUAUACUAAUUUUUUUAGUAAAACCCCAGAUCCCUAUAACGAGGCAAGUGAUCCCAUUGAAUGCAUUCGAUUUGUACAUAAAGAGAAGCCAAUUCAUAAGGAAAUUAUAGAUCGACUCCAAGGUAAUGGAGGCAGUCAGUCGUCUGUUGAUGAGAGUAUAAGCUCAAAGGUUCUUUUUCCUCAAAGGGAAGAACUUGAUGCUACAGUUAAAUCCGAUAAUAAAAGGGGUCUAGAUGACCCACAGGAAACUCAGAGGCCUGCUCAACGUUCAAGUAGAAGGUUUAAAGAACGAAGCUGUGAAACUAAUGAAACAGAAUUAAUGAAACCGCACGUUGAAUUUUCAAAUGUGUUCAAUGACUCCACAAAACUUCUUGAUAUGACUAUUUGCUUGGAAUUAAGUCAUUUAAAUCCAGAAAGUAUCCCGGAUGAUUAUCCAGCAAAUAUAGCAAUGAUUGACUUUUAUGAAUGCCUUAAUUCAUGGACAAGUAAGCACACUGAAUUUCUAAAUCAAAAUGAAUCCAAAGGGCACACAAAGAGUAAAGUAAAGGGCGAUGAUACAUUCCAGUUAACUUCUUUAUUAAGAUCCAGUAUGUUUACAGAUGAGAAUUGUCCAACAAUAUCUUUAACAGAAUUGCCGUAUAAAGAUGUCAAAGAAUUCAUUUCUAUGGUUAAUAGCAAGAAAUGGCACUUUCAUGCUGUGAGACUUUAUCUCUUGGAGAUGCUGUUAUCCGUAAGAAUUUCUGAUGGAACAUGUCUUGUAACAGAUACUUUUUGGUCUCCGAUACUUUAUGAUACCAUUGAAUCGUUUGUAUUAAGUCUGGAAACAAAGAUUUAUGACCUCGUAUAUACUCAAAGGUCAAAGUACAUGGCACUUGGGUUAUCCUUUUGUGAAAUAUUGAUGAAUUCAUUAAGUGGAAUGUAUAAUGAAAUACAUUCUAAAAAACUGAACGGUCAUAAGAUUGGAGAACUCGAAGGACAGAAGACUAAAUUGCAGAAAAAGAUUAGCAGAUGGAUAUGGCUUUUAGACCAAAUAGCCUUUAAGGAUAAGUUGAAGUUUAGGUACUUAUGGUCGAAAUUUUGUUAUCUUCAGUGCACAAGUGAUGUGACCGACGAUCGGUUGAUCCAAUCGUUAGGUCAUAUAAAGGAGGAAUUGCGUAAGUCUGAAAUAGACAUUGAUAUAUCUUACGCAAAUUAUAAGCAUACACCACGCCUGAAUAUCCAGACUGUUCAAUCCCAGCUAUCAAAGAUCAAAAUGGUGCGCAAAUUUACAGUAGUUGAAUUUUCCGAUGUUGAACGUGAGGAAGUUACAAAUCAGGAUCAGAUAGAGGCUUUAACACGCGUCUUAGUGGGAUCAUCUCAGUUUAAUACCCCUGAAGACAUUUCAAUGGCAGAAUUUGUACGGCAAUCCCCAUUUCUAUUAAGGAUAAAAUUAUGGAAAAUAGUUUUGGAUUAUUUUGUCAGUAUUAAGGACCAGAAGAAGUUCCAACUUUGCUAUUUUAAAGCCUUGGAUGGUCUGUACGAAAGGCUAUGCUCCAAAGAAUAUAGUGAUCAAUCGCAGCUACAGAGACAACAAACUUUGCUAUCGACAUUAUCGAUUAUAAAAUCAUUCACAUCAUUGUUUAUUGAGAUUAUUUCUGAGGAUAGUAGUUGGCUUAUAUUACCUAUGGAUGAAGCAUCUGAACAUUUUGAAUUAUUGGCGAAGGUGUUUAUUCUUCUUUAUCCUUUAAUAUAUUUUGAAACUCUUUCGAAAAAGUCUAAUACCUGCCAUUCGUUUUUUAAGAAAGCUGCAAAAUCUUCUGCUAUAUUAAAAGAUAUGUUUAUUGAUCUAUCUUGUGUUUUGGUAUUAUAUUUUAAAGCAAGUUGUGAAAGAAAGCAUAUUAAGAGGCUAAAUGAAGUUGUGACCGAUCUUGUUUGUGCACUUCAUUCUCUUCUUGGUGUUUUCAAGUUUUGUGAUUCUGCCUCGGGAAGUUUUUUGAAGCUUGCAGAAUACUAUUUUUGUUCUGUUACAACUGGCGAUUCUUUCCUACCACUCAAACAGGUUUUACUAUGUAAGUACCACCUCUCAAUUGGCGGUGAUUCAUCAUCAUUUGAAGAUCACGAUACAAAACCACAGGAAAUGCAAUUAGAGAACGCGGUUCGCUUGGCAAAAUACUUAAUUGAAUUCGAAUACCAGAAUAAAAAUCCAUUCUUGAUAUCCAGUAAUAGGUCUAAUUUGAAACAGGUUAUCGAAAACGUAAUUGAAGUUAUUGGCAAAGUUGGUUAUUCCAAGAACCACAUAUUAUCUAGGAAUGUGUAUUUUUUUGAGCAGUAUUUGGAAUCACCUGUAACCGUCAGGACAAUUCGCAAAGCCCUUGCUGGGGAACUUGAAAUAGAAUUAACCAAGCCUUGUGAUAAUCUUCAAGCAAUUAUAGAUUUGGGUCUCUAUUACAUUAGCGGAGUUCAAAUGAUAAACUUGUACAAGAUUAGAAAGAAGACUCUACAAGCCCGCCCUUCUGAACUUGAUUCAAUUAUUGAAACACUAAAAAUUGACAUUCUGUUCAAGACUAACAGGUUUGAAACUUGGUUUCUUCUAGGUAAAUGCUACUCAUAUGUUGUUGAAGACGACUUAAUCUGGACAUCGGAUAGACUGGUUAUCGCUUCGAAAAAAGCUACUACAGCUUCGAUUCAACGGAAAGCAAUAAUGUGUUAUUUAAUGGCAUUGAGUAUAUGCCUGGAUAACACACAUACUAUUGGCAUUCCGGAAUCACAGCGAAUAGAAAACAAACUUAUUAUGAGAGAAAUUUACGAAGUACUUGCAUUGGAACUACUAAAUGCUCUCUUAAAACCAAUGGAAGGGCUUUGUUUUCAGUGGAAAACAGGGCCAACUUUGCUGUUGACAGAAUCUGGCGAGCUAAUGGAAUCUCCAGUUAUAUCUAAACUCUCCAUUUCAGAUGAUAAUGUUUACCAGGCAACGUUAUUAGCAUUUACGCGAGCUGAUGAAAUGUAUUCAGAAACUUCGGAUACGACUCCAAACUGGCUCAAUCCCCAUUAUAUUGCAAAACUGAGAUUUAAACAUGAAGGAGAAAAAUUCGUUGCUGAUGGCUUUAAUCUUUUGACCAGGGCAUGUACUUUGGCCAUCGCAUUAUCCACGUCCAAUGAUAACAUCUUGGAACCACAUUAUUCCCUUGUAGUGAAGUGUUAUAAAUCUGUUAAGAAUGAGUGGUUAACUCCCUGUCAAGCUAUGAAACAUCUACAGCUUGAUAAUUCCUUUUUUGGACAAGAUACCAAGUUUUAUAAUGUGAAUGACGACUACUCCAAGAAAUCAUUCUACAAAGAUAUAAUUGAGUUAUUAAGGAAGAUAUUAUUAUUUGAUAAAAGGAAGUGGCACCAUAGACCGACAUAUAGGAUUGCAAAGAUUUUAUUUGACGAUUUUGAAGAUGUAGAUGGUGCGAUUCAGGAAAUGGGUGCUUUAAUGGCUUUGAAAAGUGUUAACAAGAAUUUAGUAAAUAUAUGGAAGCCAGAGUAUGAAAGACCGGGCAAACAUUUCGUCUACACCUAUCAAUACGUCAUGUUCUAUUUGAAUCUAUUAAGCUACAAGAACGAUUACAUAUCUCUUGGUCACGCCGCUAGAAAAAUGAGGCGGUUCGGUUCUGGUAUGGUAAAUGGAUCUCAAGCUACAGAUAGGGCUAUUGAGUUAUUCCUCACAGGUACCAGACCUACAUUACAGAUUAACGAAAAGGAACAUGCGGAGUUAUUACUACCGUCUCUUAACUAUCAGGCAUUCAAUAAGAAUAGCGAUGAUUUAAUAACAUACUUUAACAAAGAUAACUAUUCUUUAGAGGUUCUGGAGUCAUUGUCUAUAUCAUACCAACUGAAGAAAGGUUCCAGUGGAAUAACAUUUGAUGGAAUCUGCUUGAGCAUUUACUUCAAAUACUUUUAUCUGCCUUGGGCUGCUGAACAUGAGAAUAUAGAAACCCCUACACAGGAUGCAGUCAAGUUUGUGGAAAUACAUAAGGCUACAACUGCUGAUGGAGAAUCAACUCCUCCACAAUCUAUCCAAGAAUCACUUAAGUCUACUUCUAAACAGGUCUCAUCAAGAAAACGUGUAAGUAAGAAAGAUGCAUUUGACAAGAUAUCUCAAAUUGUUGAUAAGAUCACGUGA